AUGGCCGAUACGCCGAAGAAGACGGGUGCCGAGACCGGCGCUUAUACCAUCAACGGCAUUGCCCCAACCGCGGCGGACAUCAAAUUGGUCUAUGCCCUGAUUUCGAGCUUCAACUCGAAGCCCGAUGUGAACUGGGAGAAAGUUGCUGCUGCCACUGGUAAUAGCGCGAAGAGCUCCCAGGAACGCUGGCGCAUCAUGCAGAAAAAGUUCAACAUUACCUUCGGCUCCGACGACGCUGGUUACGGCACCCCCGGCACUGCCGGUACUCCCGCCCGCAAGGGCAAAAAAGUCACCCUCCCGCCCGUCACGCCGGGCAACCCUUCUUCAGACCACGAGGGCGCCACCGUCCCGGAGACCCCGCGCAAGAAAUUCCGCAAAACGCCCUUCAAGGGCAAGGGCAAGGCGGCGGCUGCCGCGGAGGAGGACACGCCUCUGAAGCGUGGAGCCGACGAGAUGGCCGUCGACACGGACGACGAGCCGGAGGAGAAGUCGGCCAAGAAGAAGAAGGCCAAGCAGGCCGCCGACAUCAUGACGGACAGCGAGUCCGUCCCCAUGGACAUCGGCUCGAGCUCUGAGUAG